ACUUGCCAAAGUUGCCAAUAUUAGCUCUUCUCCUUCUCUAGCUUUCUCUCUCUCUCUCUCUCUCCUUAGCUCCUCUCCUUGUAAUUCUUUCUCUAAAUAAUUAGAAAGGAGCUAAGGUUGAGCUAAAGAAAAAAAAAAAUGGCAUUCACAUCUAUUCACCUCCAUGAAUUAAGCAUCAUUUUUGGCAUCCUUGGAAACAUUGUUUCCUUUGGUGUCUUCUUGGCCCCAUUGCCAACAUUUUGGAGGAUAUUCAAGAAGAAAUCAACACUAGGGUUUCAAUCCAUACCUUAUUCAGUUGCACUCUUUAGUUGCAUGCUAUUAUUGUACUAUGCCUUCUUGAAGGAAAGCAAUGGCACUAUGAUUAUCACCAUCAACUCCAUUGGUUGCGCCAUUGAAGCAGCUUAUCUCACCGUCUACCUCAUCUAUGCCACUAAAAAAGCCAGGGUUUACACAGCCAAGUUGUUGGGAUUGUUCAAUGUAGGGUUUUUGGGGCUUAUAGUGGUUACAACCUUGGUGUUUGUUCGAGGGAUGGACGACCACACCAUGUUGUCCAAAGGCGGUAUGCGUGAAAGCGUUGUUGGAUGGAUUUGUGGCAUCUUCUCUGUUUGUGUUUUUGCUGCUCCUCUUAGCGCCAUGAGAAUGGUAAUAAGAACAAAGAGUGUAGAAUUCAUGCCGUUUUGGCUAUCAUUCUCGCUCACACUUUGCGCGAUUAUGUGGUUCUUUUAUGGGUUCCUUAUUCGGGAUUUCUACAUUGCGUUGCCAAACGUCCUUGGAUUCGCGUUCGGAAUAGCUCAGAUGAUCUUAUACAUAAUUUACAAGGAUUCAACUAAGAAGCAGAAAAACAACAACAACAAUGGUGGUGAUCUAAUGAUAAAAGAGUCCGAUAUAAUGCAACUUCAAGAAUUAGCCGUUGAUAUAAAGCUUGGAAAAGUUGAGAAAAUUGAACAAGAUUCUGAGCAACAAAACAGACCAGCUGAUGCUAUUGAAGUUAUCGUGGAAGAAAUGGUUGAUGUGAACAAUAAUGAGGGUAAUAACGAUAUUGUUAAGGAGGUUAAUGGGAAAUCGGCCAAUCGUGAUGUGCCACGUGGAGAUGAUGCAUGCUAAACAUCUUAUGCAUCCACACCAUCUUUGUUAUGUACUUACGUUGAUGGUGCCAAAAAAAAAAAGCAUGGUGGGUCCAUUAAUUAAAAUGCAAAAUUUAAGGGGCCAAAAUAGAAAAUAGAGAGGUGACAUAUCACAUAUGGAUGUACUAUGUAUUUGGCAAAAGGGAGGAGAGAAUGAAGGGUUAGAAAUAUUUAUUUCAUGUAUAUUUCUCUUAAGAUCAUUCUAGAUUUAUUUGGCGUAUUUCAUUGUACUUUGUCAUUUGAUUUCCAUGUUUAGUUUUCAACUAGGUUAAUAAGUUUAUUGCAAGAGAGAGUAGUAAAUAUUAAUUUUAUGUUA